UCUAUCCCUUUGUUGUUGCCAGAAGCCACACGUAUUGCACCCAUCUCAUGGCUGGUGACAGGCAGCUCUCUGCUACAAACAGAACACUAGAAGGACAGUAACGGGGCUAUCAGUGAGAUCAGAAAAAAGGGAGGGACAAUAGAGCAGGCGUCUGGGAGUGUGAAGGAGGACUGGCAGGGCACUGAGGAUGGGUGACAGCCCCUUGUUCACUGGCAGUAAGUGAGAUUCUGGGGGGAGGGAGUCCAUACAGCUGCAGGCUAGCAAGGAUACCCAGCUCUGCCUGCUGUAUGAGUGUACAUGGUGACUAUUGGAAGACACUGUAUCAAUCCCAGUGUGACAUACAGCCACACACACACAGGGAUAAAGGAAGAGCAGCGACAAGCUGCAGGGAAUGUACAAGGACAGCUCUGUGCUGAGGAGCCAAGGAAAGAGUCUUGUUGGUGCUCUCUGCUAUUAUUGAUGCUCCUGGCCUGCUGGAGCCUGCUACCACCUUCACCCCUGCCUCACCAGCAGCAUCCUGCUCCUCACCAUGCUGGGAGAAUUGUCCCCAUCCCCUGCCUCCCGGCUGCUGGGUCCCCUGGCUCUCUGGUCCACGUCUUCUGUGAUCUUCCUUCUGGCUCUGUCAGGCGCCCAGGCAUCUAACCAACUGCCCAGCGAGUGCCAGAAUGGGAAAGGCAAGGGCAUCAACUGCUCAGAGCUGAACAUGAGAGAGUCAGAUGUACGACGUGUGUGUGAUGAGUCUACUUGUAAAUAUGGAGGUGUGUGUAAAGAAGAUGGAGAUGUUCUCAAGUGUGCGUGCCAGUUUCAGUGCCACACCAAUUACAUUCCAGUUUGCGGAUCGAAUGGUGACACGUACCAAAAUGAAUGCUUUCUGAGACGAUCGGCCUGUAAACAGCAGAAAGAUUUAACAGUAGUAGCAAGAGGACCAUGUUUUUCUGAUAUUGCAUCUGGAUCUGGAGAAGGAGAAUAUGAGGCAUCAGGAACUGAAGUUCACAGAAAACAUUCCAAAUGCGGAGCCUGCAAAUAUGGUGCUGAGUGUGACGAGGAUGCUGAAGAUAUAGGGUGUGUAUGUAAUAUAGACUGCAGUGGACAUAAUUAUAACUUUGUGUGCGCCUCCGAUGGAAAUUCCUAUUCCAACCCAUGCCUUGUGCGGGAGGCAUCAUGCCUCAAACAAGAACAGAUUGAUGUUAAACAUUUGGGGAGCUGUACAGCAACAGAUGAAGUAAAUCCAGUUGGGAAGAAAGAUGAUGGAUUACAAUAUCGGCCAGAGGUGAAAGAUUCCAGUGACCAGAGGGAAGAUGACUAUAUGGGAAAUUACAUUCCGUGCUCAGAAAACUACAAUGGUUAUUGUGUACAUGGGAAAUGUGAGCUGAGCUAUUCCACUCAAAAGGCAUCAUGUCGGUGUGACUCUGGAUACACAGGCCAAUACUGUGACAAGACAGAUUUUAAUAUUCUUUACGUGGUUCCUAGCAGACAGAAACUCACCCAUGUGCUUAUAGCAGCCAUCAUUGGAGCAGUACAGAUUGCUAUUAUAGUUGCAAUUGUUAUGUGUAUAACAAGGAAGUGCCCAAAAAACAACAGAGGGCGCCGACAGAAACAAAACCUUGGUCAUUUUACAUCAGAUGCUUCAUCCCGGAUGGUGUAGCCUCAGUGUUUCAUUUUUUCCCUUGUUUGUUUUUUUAUACUUGCAUUGACCAUGUGAUGUACAUUUUUAUUAUAUCUUUUUUUAAAGAAUGGAAAUAUUUAUUUCAGAGGCCUUAUUUUUGGACAUUUUAUAGUUUAACCGUGUUGGGUGUCUGUUGUAAACGCAAUGCUUCAGCUCUGACAGCAAUGGACUGGUACAGCUCUUUUUGUUUUUUUCAUUAUUUUAUUUUUUUUACUUUUUUUUUCAUUUAGCUACAUUUUGUGGACUUACACUCCUCCAUUUUUUUCUGUAACUGCUUUGCAUGGUUGUAAAUUAAACACAUACUUUACUUCAAACAUCUCAAUGCUGAAAACCGGUCGGGGUACAGUCACAAAAUUUAGGGGUGAUUUGAUAAAUGAGGGCAAUUUUUCGUUUAUAACUUUUUGAUGUUCAGUAAGCAUGGAACAAAUGUUUUAUGCGGUGCCAGGCUGUUCUCAGCAAGGAACGCAGUGACUGUGAAUUAAAAUUGACAUGAACCUUUUAAAGUCUGAAAAGAAAUGGCGGAUGAAAUGUUAACUGCAUCCGCACAAUUGGUUGCUCCUAUGGAACACACCAAAGCCCUCCUGAGGCUAUUGACAUUGAACAAACAUCAAAAAAUGAUAAACACCUUGCAAACGAGGCAUGAGCUAAAGGUAACAAUGUUUACAGAUAUCUUUUUUUCUAACCAGAAUUCGUAGAAGACACACUGUGUUUAAAUAGGUAUUUCAAUGUUUUAUAGAACUUAGUUAUUGAUUUUUGUUUUGUUUUUAAAGACACUGGCUAUCGCAUGAAAUGUGAAUUGUAUACUGUGAGUAGUGGUAAAAUGUUAAAUAUGUUACAUGGUUUAUUAAUCCCGACAAUCUUGAACCAUUGGACCUAGACAUCAAGGGCUAAGGGAUGGGGUAGGUCAAUUUCUUAAAAGUUGUUCUGGAGUACCACUAACUCUAUAGGACGAAUCUAUCAAAGCAGGGAUGAUGAUAGUUUUUGGACAGUGCUAAAUGCCGAGAGACAUUCUAUUGGUUUCUGUGGCGAUUGCACCUUAGCACUUUUAUCCAGAAUAGCAUAUUUUUUACCUUAGAAAAUAUGGCCCUGUAUCCUAAUGGCAUUCUUUCUUGAACAUAGGUGAGUCUAUCACAUCAUGGAUGGACUGAUUGUCACAAUUAAUUGAAUACAAGCUACCUGUCUAGGGCAGGCAAAAUAAACAUUGUGUACAUAUGUUUUAGCCAUACGUGUGACAUCUUUCGUGUCAUGUGUUUGCAUUCCUACCUCUUUUGUGUCAUGUGUGUGCAUUCCAUCCUGAUGUUAAUGACAUCACAUCAGUGCAUUGUAGUCAUCUGUGGCAGCCAUUCAUUUACAUGCACACAUGGCAUGUAUUGUGGGUAGCUCAUGCUUGUUGCUCACCGGUGUUCAUAUAAGAAUGACAUUUAAAAGUUACUUUUUGGUGGUACUCUAAUACAGGUUUGGGAGUACCUACACUUAACACAUUUUUCUGUGGUGUCAGCAUUCAUAUGGAUGUAUCUCUAUGUGUAUAUAGGUAUACAUAUAUACAUAUAAUCAAUAUGUCUAAUAGUUCUCACAGUUUUGGAAGAACAUACCAAGGUGCAUAUUAGACUAGAUUAUUUAUAUUUUUUAAAACACCACACAAAUAGGUGCCAUUACUCUUGCAAUGUCUGGUCUUUGAUCUCUAAUUCCCUCUUUCUUUUUUUUUACCCUUUGAGUGUCAGCAGAAUGAUUGCUCCUUUGGCAAAAGGGAAAUUAUAGAAUUCAAUAAUUUUUUUUUGGGGGGGGGGGGGAAAUUAAAUGUUUCCUUAGCUCUGACAGUUUAAGAUUCGGUAAACACUUUUAUUACAUUUAGAUAAAUGUUUAAAAAGAUAUGUAAAAUAACAUUUGGAAAUCUUGAUCAACAUAUUGUUUAUUUGAACACCAUUACCAAAUAAAAGGCUGCUUUAAUAAAAAAAAAAUGAAAAACAAAAAACAUGAGAAUUUGUUUUUUAAGGAACCUGCUUUUUACCAUUGUGAAACAGAAUGUGUGUCAUAUACUGUGCUUUCAUAUAUGGAUAAAACUAUUGUAUCGUUUCUAUUUUGUACUCUACCAAAACAUACCAUUCUGAAACCGAUACUGUGUG